GCAAAGAAAACACACAGGUGUUGCAAUUAUUUACCUAACAAAAUCAGGGCAGAUCUCAAACAAAUACUUUCCAUUGAUAAAGACCUGGUGUCCUAGAUGCAUCAAAAACAGCCAAUCACUGUGCUUGUUUGUGUAAGGAUAUUGAGUGUUUGCUCUGUCUAUCAGUCUUACAGACCAAACGACAAGGACCAAUAGCGUUUUGUUCGGGACGCUGUAAGAAGUAUUUGUUGCAUCCACUAUCUCGACUCGGGUAGAAAACGAGCCGAGUUAGGGGCUUAUGGGAUAGGUGGCCCGCAACCAUCUGUCAUUUUCGCACGGGUGAUUUUCUACAUCUCCUCGUUGAAUUGCUGAUAAGGAGGCCGUGAUUCAUAACUUAAGUUAAAUCAAGGCCGGGACCAUGUGGCUGGCGGAAACUUGACAACGGAACGCAGAACGUCUGUGGUAGACAGCCACGCUUCAGCAGAUAAAAUUCAAAUUUCAGCGACUUUUUCAAAUACCAUCUAAGUAGAUAUUUUACAUUCACCGUGGCCGUUUUCCAGUGACAAAACAAAAAGGUGCACCUGAGUUUAGAAGUGAGCAAGGAUUUUAAGUUCAUUUUUCAUUCUUCCUAAAAAGCACAUCUCUGGGGAAGGCGGCUGUUAUAUUCUGCCCUUAUCCAUUGCUGACAAACGACAGCACUGUAGUUGACAUACGAGCUGUAUAACCGCAACUGACGGCGUAGUGCUCCGUGUCACCCGAAAGCGGCUGAUCCCUGUAAGAUGAUCUGUGUCAACCGCGGCCCACGAGUUCAGUAACGACCAGUCAAUAACGCAGAGCGCUCCACAAGUAGUACCACUAAAAAAGCACAUAGUUAACAGCGUUCAUAGUAGAAGGCACAAGCAAGAAAAAAGGUUAAGACAUGGGACGAUUUAGUCAGAGAAGGCGACUUCUUGGAUAGAUAGAAAGGAAAAGCAGAAAUGUGGGACUUCAGCUGUGUUGUCGUCCUUGGAUUGUUACGCUUCGUAACCUCAGAAAGCACAGGUUCGUACUACUUCCCUAGUCCACACCAGCCCUGCCAAAGCAUUAGCAGCAAAGGAGGAACUUUGGACUUAGUAUUUAGAAUCUUGGAAUCUGAUUUGAACGAAACCUGUGACGAGAAGACAAUCCAGUGGACACGGAAUGGUGUGAAGAUAGACGGCGUACAAAACUCCGAUAAGUAUGGUGUGUGGACCGCCGGCUGGGGAGUCAUGGCUGGAGAGUACGUGUCGCUUCUCAGAAUAAGAAGCGUUCAGCCCGCAGAUUUGGGGAAAUAUUCAUGUCACAUUGAGUGUGUCGGUCACGGAUUUAACAAACAUACGGUGACUGUCUCCACACAAGUGUGCCUCAACCUGGAGGGAGAAGCCGUAAUUUGCCAGCCAUACAGUGACACUUGUAGAAGUAAAUUCCUCAAUGGACAAUGUGACUCCGAGUGCAACGGACCUGAAGAAUUAUUUGAUGGGUUUGACUGUCGUCGGAAAAUUGCGCCAUGCAAUCGUUUAUACGACAACUACUGCCGUCGAAGUUUCGCCAACGGAGUGUGCGACCGGGGCUGCCGCGCAGAAGGCUGUGCCUACGACGGCGGGGAUUGCCCGAGCAGACAAACACCCAACGUAUUUCACGGUAAAUUUGUCGCCGUGACUUCUCAGGAGCCUGAUGUAUUAAAGGUGGAUCUUAAGGCAUUUCUGUGGCGCCUCAGUCGUCUGCUAAGAACUAUUGUCACUGUAGACCAGGAUCUUCAGUUUAGAACUUACCUUUCAGGGACAACAAGCACAAAACUGGAAAAUUAUAUCAAUUAUGCAAUAAUACCUUGGACUAAUUUAAAAAAUACCUCCAUUGACUACCGUUGGCAGGACUACGGGAAAAUUUUGAAAAGCGGGUCGGCCGUCUAUUUAAAACUGGCCAACGCCAAUUGCGAUCUUUAUUGCUUCCAAACGGCGGAGAUGGUGACAAACUAUAUAGCAGAGUCAUUACGAAGGGGAUGGGACCCAGGCAUACCACUGACAGGAGUCGGAGUGCCACGAGCAGUACCACUAUGCCAAAAACAGUACGGCUCCUUGCUGGACAAUAUCCCGGAGGCCGAGAGCAGCACAAAUAUUAACUAUAAAAAGAACGCAAAUAAUGACAGUGGCAGCACGUCUAACAGUAUUCUUGACUUCAUUACUUCAAUAGAUUUGGGUAUUUUAAUAGGGGCCGGCCUGGGGCUGGUUGCUCUUUUAAUUCUUGUUAUCGGCGUGGUUUGCAUCUGUGCGCCAGCGAAAAGAAAAGUUCCUCGAAAAGAAGCAGAAAAGCUGCCCGAUAUUCGCAAACCCGAGCACGUGAUAAAAGGGUCCAAACAAAAACAGUGGGAAGUCACUGUGACCAAUGAAAACGGGACAAAGUGUUGAGAUGUUGAGCAUCAGUUUUCCCAUUUAUCAUAUUCAUAUCAAAUUCACUAUAGGGAAUGGUUAGAGACCACUGUUGACGUGGCAGUUGUUUUGACGAGGAAGGAGUCGUGAGCGUUUUCCGAGCUUUAUUGUACAUAAUUAUGUGAUGUAAACAAGUGUAUAUGUUUUUUAAGAACGCAUUUAUUCUGUGCCAAAUGAUUAGUUUUAAAUAACUAUAACAGCAAGAUGCCAGACACCAUAAUCUCGGAAGUACAUAUACCUAGAAAGUAGUGUGUAUUGUCCGUAUUGUGUGGACCGUUAUACCCAGUCGGAGUCCGUAUAGAGUACAUUACAUGGAACAUUGAUGCAUUGCAAGAUGUGUAAUGCAUGAAAGAAGUUAUGUCCAUGAUAUAUCCUAGCUGCGUUUGCAUCAGGUUAUAUCAGGUUCAGUUCUGGCUUAAGACUUGAUUGCAAUACCCCUAAGGUAAACUCUCUGUUGUCCCUGAUUUAAGUGUUCAGUGCAUUGACAGAAACCGUUGCCAUAGAAAUUGGGCAACCUUAAACAUCAGUAGUGGGAUCUAGUACCCCCGAUGUGAAGGCAGUUUAUCCCGAAUUCGAUUUCCUUAGUAUGAUGAGCCACCUUUUAUUUAAGAUAGCUUAUGAUCCAGAUGGGUUCUAUCAAUGUAGAGCAUCAUACAUGGACGGCCUUUUCUUUUGUGCAAAUAUCUUAGAACGCUUACUGUAUGCAGAGAUAUGUGAAUUAUGUACUCCAUUGUUCCAUAACAAUACAGUUGAGAAGAUGUAUAAAAGAGCUAUUUGUCUGGGAUGGUUAUUCCAUUUUUGAUCACAAUCACACACUGGAUGGCAAUUUAUGCAUUCUAUUGCGCUACGUGACAGGGAUGACACGAGGUCCAUAUGGCGAUAAUACUAUGUAUAUACUUUUUAAUUUGUAAAUGAAAUAUAACUUAAUUUUGUUUAAAUAAAAGAUAACCAAAAGC